CGAGAAAAGCCGUUUGGGGCCGCACUAUCAUUUAUUUUUAAUGCACGUGAAAUAAAUUUCUUUUGCUGUUUUCGGCACCUCAUCAUGCAGUUGCGCGGUUGGUUGGAUUUUCGGUAAAUCGAGUCUGUGCAUGAUAGCCGUCUUUUGCGCGACAAUAUCUCUGUUGGACUUGCCUGUGUUUCCCUAAGACCCGUUGUGUUUGUUGUUCAUUUCCACAAAACCCAUAGAGGUGACUCUUUCUUGAGCGGGGACACACCGCCAUCGCCAUUGAAUAACGAGAGAAAAACAAAUCCCCGCCCCAUCAUCCACCAAAGCAUAUCGACAAAUCAACAGGAAAUGUCAACAAGCAGGCCGAUCCCGGGGGGCUCCUCCAAGAAUCCGGGCAGCUCGAGUCACGACUUUUCGACCUCAUUCGUCGCCUCGUUUCGAUCAUCAUCACCGAUUGCUCAGGAGGUCAUCGCGAGGGACCUCGCAGCCUGUUCGGACGAUGAGGAUCUCGGGGAUGCAGAAGCCAAUGGCCAUGGACUGGAUGUCUCCGAUUCUGAAAUUGACGGUGACAACCCAUUGAUGUACCGACGGCCGAGCGGCAUAGCUUUUGGCACUGCGCGUCCCGUGCUGGCGGCGCAGAACGUUGAGGAUUCCAUCCUCACGAGGAAUGAGUGGAAGCAGUCUCUGGAUGCGGAAAGGAGUCUCCUUAGAGACAACCAUAUCCUUCCGCCAAAACACGCUCAUCCUGAACAGCUCGGCUUGCUAGGACGACUGCGGAAGCGUUUCUUCAGCACCAAGGUGCCGAGGCCUAGCGGGUCCGAUGAGGAGGCGGGGCCUGAUCCGGCCGGUAUCCCCACUGAGGAAUCACCACUCCUUGGGGGCAGUGGUGACAAUACACUCCGGCGUCAUUCCUCGUCUGGCCCCGCGGUUGAAGGUGGCCAUCUCAGCGAGACAUGGGAAGCAGCUGUUGCGGCUGGUCAUAUCAAGACGACAUGGCAGCGGGAGGCCAAGACAUUGGCAGUGUAUUCCCGCUCUCUUGUCGUCACAUUUCUCCUGCAAUAUUCUGUCAACAUAACCAGUAUCUUGGCUGUUGGGAGGAUCGGCAAGGUAGAGCUUGGGGCCGUCAGCUUGGCCACAAUGAGUGCAAAUAUCCUGUGCUAUGCUCCAAUCCAGGGGCUGGCAACCUCUCUCGAUACGUUGUGCGCUCAGGCUUAUGGCUCCGGCCAUAAGCACUUGGUAGGGCUGCAACUGCAGCGCAUGACUGCGUUUUUACUUUUGCUCCUGUUCCCGAUUGGAAUCUUGUGGUUGCACGCCGCCGAACUUCUAGUCAAGUUCGGAAUAGCCCGGCCGAGUGCCGAGCUGGCUGGGCUAUACCUUCGAAUCUGUAUCUUUAGCAUGCCUGCUUAUGCUGUAUUCGAGGCCUCGAAGCGUUUCGUUCAAGCACAGGGUCUUUUCCAUGCAACCACCUAUUGUCUAAUGAUCACCGCGCCGCUGAACGUGUUUGUCAACUGGUUCUUGGUGUGGAAGCUGGGGUGGGGGUUCGUUGGUGCUCCCGUAUCCGUCGUGAUCACGCAGAACCUUCAGCCUAUCCUGUUGUUUCUGUACGUCCGUUUCGUGGACGGAUAUCAGUGCUGGGGUGGCUUCUCGAAGCGGGCUUUCUCGAAUUGGGGUCCGAUGAUUCGACUUGCUAUCCCUGGAAUGAUUAUGGUGGAGGCAGAAUGGCUUGCCUUUGAGAUCCUGACACUCAUAUCAGGCCGCUUCGGCACAUCCCAGCUGGCUGCGCAGAGCGUCAUUGUAACACUUGCCGCCACUACCUACCAGAUUCCUUUCCCGCUUUCUGUUGCAGUCUCGACCCGCGUUGCCAACUUGAUCGGUGCGAAGCUUCCCGAUGCCGCAAAGACCUCGGCCAAAGUUGCAAUCGUCGCCGGGGUUAUCAUCGGUCUCUUCAACACGACGAUCCUGUCCGUUUUCCGAUGGAAGCUGCCACUUCUCUUUACAAAAGACCCCGAGGUUAUUGAGAUAGUUGCACGCACCAUGCCCAUUCUUGUGGUGCUACAGUUCUUCGACGCUGUAUGCGCAAUUUCUCAAGGUCUACUUAGAGGUCUGGGUCAGCAGGAGUUUGCUGGUUACUCAAACAUCAUCUCGUACUACGCCAUCGCUCUGCCCAUAUCUUUUGCGACCGCCCUCGGACUCGGGUGGGAGCUCAAGGGCUUGUGGUUUGGUGUCACGAUUGGCCUUGCAGUUGUCAUGGUCGUUGAAUAUUCUUAUCUUCGUUGGUACGAUUGGAAUCGUGCUGUACGUGACGCAGAGAAUCGGAAUGCAUCGAACUAGAAAAUAUACCACGGUUUGUUUUUGUUACCAGAUUAUAAACCUGGCUUGAUUAUAAUGACUCACUUACUCGUUUUAAAGAUUUGAGGGGUUAUUUUGUUAUCUGCUCAAGAUCAUUCUACCGGUAGUACAAAUUUGUUUGGAUCACAUGGCAAUUAAUUCUUUAAGGGGUUUUCCUCCCUGACUACGCAUAGCGAGCAUAGAUAGGUACCUAUAUAAUGAUAAAAUUCAGACUUAGUGGCUGCUGAAGAGCCGCCAAAUCAAACUCAAAGAAAUAAUA